AUGCAAACACAGUUACAUGUGCAUAUAUAUACUUAUAUAUACACAUAUAUGAGAGAAAAAAAAAAAAAAAAAAGAAACCUUCACUUUGUACAUGUUGAAGGUGAGAGACACCAAUGUGCAUAUACAUGUAGAUUUAUCAAAAAAAAUAUGAUCAUGGUAAUUAGACGGUUUGAGAGUCUUUUGUGUAUCCCCCUCAGGAGGUACAAUCAGAUUACAUGUAUCUGUAAAAGCUGCACUAAAACGAAAGGAAGAAGAGAAAAGUUUUUUUACACAUCGUGUGGAUCGAAAGGAAUACAGUUGAAGGGAAAAAAAUAUGAAGAAAAUGUUCAAAUAGAGGAAUUAAAAAAAUACUUACAUGCUGAAAAAAUAAAUUUAGAAAUUUUUAAAAAAAUAACGGAUAAAUGUAUAGAAGAAAAUAAGUACAACAACACAAGUGUUGAAGAUUUAUUACUCCUUUUAAUUUUGUUUACAAAACAUUAUCCAAAUUUUAAGCACACAUUUGGUGAUGAAUAUUAUGUUGAAAUAUGCAACAAAAUAUUAACUAGUGUAAAAUUAAAAGUACAUUAUUUAUAUACGAGUAAAAUGCUUAUUCAUACUAUGAACAUUUUAUUAAAUUUAAAAUUAAUUGAUAAUGUAAUUCUACAUGCAUAUAUAAAUAAAUGUUCCUAUUUUUUUAAAAAUGAAGAAUAUGAAAUUGAAGAUUUAGUUCAUUUUCUUUCCAUUUUUAGUAAAAUACAUAUUUUAAAAAAUGAACCAAAAUUCAAAAAUUUAAUUAAUUUAAACUGGAUUUUACUCAAAAGUAUAUGCAAUAAAUUAACGCACAAUUUUGAUCAAUUCUUCUUAUUUUAUAAAGAUUAUACUUACACAUAUAAGUUAAAGAAAGAAAUUAAUAACCAAAUUAAAAAUAUACAAAAUGGAGGCACACUGAACCGAGGUGCCCAUUUCAAAUGUCAUACACAAACAGACCCUAGGCAAGACAAUACAUUUAACAGUUCAGAUCAAUUACACAGGUAUAACACGAUCCAUAAUAUUCCAUUCAGUAAACAAACUCGUAUAUGUUGUGCUGAAAAUAGGGAAUUUACGAUAAAAAAAAAUAUGAGACUAGAGAGAAACGAUACAUUUUCUACUCCCCACAUGCGAAAUACCCCUCAUGAGUGUUCCUCGAAUGCAGAAAUAGAUGCCUUUUCUGAGAAUAUUAACAUUCCCAAUCUUAUUAUGAGAAUGGACAAAUCGGCCACUACAACUAGCCAAUAUGACAUCCCCAAGGAGGAGCAAAACAAAAUAUCUAAUGAAAUUUCCCAAGUGUCUCCCCCAGAGGAUCACCCACAGUAUUAUCUCCUCGAAACAUUGCUCAGUAUCUGCAAUAGUUUAAGAGACCUGAAGUUUGCACACAUACCAUUAUUAAACGAAGUUGCAAACAAAUUGAAAAGAAACUUCUUGGAUUCGGUUCAGCAAGGGGAGGAAGAAAAGUGUGAUUAUGAAGAAAAUCGCAAGAGUUGUAACAUUUUGAAAAAAACCAUCCAUGGAAAGAAAAUUUUUUAUAUUAUGCAGUGCUACCUGUACCUGCAAGUGGAUCAUCACAUGUUAUAUAAAAGCAUUUUAAAUACAUAUAAACAUGUUCUUCCAACUUUGAAUAACUUAGUGAUUCUUUUUUUCCUUUUGUCAAAAAAUAAAAUAUUUCCUUCAAAAACUAUUGAUAUGUUUGAUUCAGUAUUCACUAGAAAAAUAAAUCAAGGAUUAUAUGAUGAGAAGAAUUUAAUAAUACUUUUAGAUUCCUAUGCAAUGCAUAAAUACAGAAAUGCUUCUGUCAUUAAGCUAAUACUACUUCGCGUACUGAAAAAAUGUACUUUUUGCAAAUAUAACGAGGGAGAUCAUUUCUCUCAGGUGCAAUCUAAGCAUCAUCUUAAACACAAAGAAAUAUAUCACAAUGUGAGCUGUACGGACGAUAGGGGUUGUGUGUUUUAUUUCGAUGAGACAUCUAGAUCGAAACGGGAAUAUAGCUCCUUCCAUUCGGAGAGUGACAAAAGCUGCUUCUACUCGGAGCGUGAUAGUAACUGCUUCAAUUCGAAUCUGUGUAGCAGAACGGUGGACUUUCCGGGUAGAGUUAAGAUAUUCCACAGCUUGUUCAAAUUAGACAUAUAUGAAGAAGAAUUCAUAUCUGAAAUGUGCAGAGAGAUAAUAAAUGAAGAUAAUAUAAAUUCUCUAGGAUACAGAGAGUUGUCCAAAUUGCUGUUAAAUAUGUGCUACUUCUCCAUAGAAAAUGUAGAUGCAUACAACUUAAUAAUUAAAAAUUUAAUAAAAUAUGACAUAAUUUUAGAUAAUAUAUAUCUUACUCAGUUGAAAAUAUGUGAAUUGGCACUAAGGACGAGACAUGUGCCAAAUGUGUAUAAUGAGCUCGAUACCGAAUGUAUUGAAUAUAUGAAUUAUAUAAAAAAUAAAGAGAAAGAGGCACAGUAUCAUAUUAAAUCAGAUUUACAAAAAGAGAUUAAAAACAUCCUCCUGACAUUCAAUGUAUGCAUGUCUGAAGAGGUACCCCUUGGUCCAUACGACGUCGAUUUUGUGCAAGAAGAUGAAAAAAAUUCUCAUGAGACGCACAAUUAUAUUCUUCGUAGAAAUGGAAAUAUAUCCACAUCCCAAGUUGACAUAAAUCGGUGUUAUUCCAAAUUCGAUGAGGAGCAUGCAUCUCAUUCGGAUGAGCAUGGUGCAGCGUCUCGAGAAGUGGAAGAUAGCGUCUUCUUAAGAGAAAAUAGGAAACACCAAAGUUGCAGUGAAAAUCAAAAGAGGAAUAAAUUAAUCAUAGAGGUAAAUGGAGAAAAUCAUUUUUAUAAAAAUACAAAGUCAUACACCGCGCUUUCAAAACUAAAACAUAAGUUGUUAAGAGACCUUGGAUAUACAGUGAUUAAUAUCCCAUAUUUUGAAUGGGGUUUACUAAGAACGAAUUUAGAUAAAAAAGCUUAUAUUAAAAAAUUAAUAUCUAACAAUCUUAACUUUGAAGUAAUAAAUAUUUUACCCCUUAAUCAGAAAAAUGAGCCAUUAGCCAAACACGAAAUGUCCAAAGUUGCCUCAACCAUUCAGCGAUGCAAAAGCAAAACACAAUUCUUGACGAAUAUUGCAAAGCUGAGAACAAAAAAUAAGUUGACAUUUUUAAAGAGGAAAAUUAAAAAUGUCUGA